GCCGGAGAAGGCUGUAGUGGCAAGAUGGCCGAAGAUGGCGAACGAAUAAUGCAAGACGAUUUAGGCUCCCAGGAUGGGAAGGGGGACGCUAGAAGCGACGACGCCGGUCGCUUCUCUGGUUACAGCGACAACAAAGAGUUAUCGUCAAAAUCGCUUAAAAUCCAAAACAAAGUGUAUUAUAUGGACGUAAAGGAAAACCGGCGAGGUCGUUUUUUGAAAAUAACGGAGAUACCACCAAACCGGAUGAAAAAUCGUUUAAUGAUUCCCAUGUCAUUUGUUCCUGAAAUGAAAGACAAGAUGACUGACUUUGCUGAAUUUUAUGCCUCACUUGAUCCUUCUGGGGAAAAUGCUGGAAAUGAUGACGAUCAGCCAGGAAAACCACUUAAAAGUGAUCAAAUGAAUCGCAACAACAGACGUUAUCAUUUCGACCUGAAACAGAACAAACGUGGAUAUUUUCUCAAAGUUGUCCAGCCUGUCUGGACCUCCAGUCAAAAUAGCAACAGACUGGCCAUUCCUGCGCAAGGAAUUGCGGAUAUAAGAAAUUCCCUCGCUGAAAUAGUCGAUGAAUUUGGAAUAGAUGAAGACGAAGACGAGUUGAACCUGCCCGAAGCAAAGGAAGUUCGUGUUGAACAGAAGAGAUUCUAUUUUGAUGUUGGAAAUAACAACCGUGGUGUGUUCUUAAGACUUUCAGAGGUAACUAAUAAUUACCGAUGCUGCGUUACGAUCCCGCGUCGAGGCUGGGAAAGAAUGAGAGACACCCUCAAUGAAUUAUGUGAUAAACUACCCGAAGACGAGGAACACAGACACGGUGAAGACCACGACUAAAUGGAAGAAUUUGUUGUGUUAAUGAAUGAGUUGGCUGGGGCCCUUAUUGGUUUGUUUAUUGUGGGCUGUUAGACAUGUUACCGACGUUUAGUUUGAGUGUGAGUUCACUGGGAUAGGAAUAUUUAAUGGUUCUUUUCAGGUCUUACCCUCAAUGAUUUGGAAUUUGCGGCACUAUAAAUUUGAUAAAAAAUUUUUGGUAUUAUAGUUGAGGGUCCAUUUUGUUGCACAUAAUAAAAAUUUUAUCUUUCCUUUUUUUAAGACCUUAUCCAUAGUCUAGAGGCAUAAUUUAGUUUUUGGAUUAACCUUUGUCAUAUCCAAUGACUUCGAGACUUCUUGCAUGUGGUCGCAGAACUUGAUGAAACUGUCGAAUAUUUCAAAUUAUAUCGCUAGCAUUCGAUUGAAAUAUUCUCUCUGACAAGCUUUUCGUGGCCUUCUAACGAUUGGUAAAAGAUUCAUCCAAUCGAUUUAUAACUUAAAAAAAACCCCCGCUGAAGUCCACAAUACAAGGAUUUGAUCUCACACUCGAUCUAAAUCGUCGCAUAACUGUGCCGGUUCGGCAAUCUGAGGGAAAGGUUUCCCUUGUUUCUCUCCUUUGACCAGUUUGGUGUAUUGAUGUAUUCGAACGGUGUUGAUUAUGUUAGAUCAUAGUUAACCAAGGUAUGGUCUGCAAAAAGCUUUUCUAUUGAAUCAUCAUCUCUAACUAACACUGAGGACUUACAUUUAAAUUGAUUUUAUACCAUUUCGGGGAUGAUACAGUUGACAGUAUAGGUAAAAGUGUGAGCCUAAAGAACUACGAGAUGUAGCCUGAAAUCCUUGGCUUUGAGCUUCUGACAUGCAAUAUGUAGGUUUUUCGGAAGACGUCCUCGACCAUCGGUGCGACCAAAGUUAGAUGUGGUUGUAAAUGGAGAACUAUGUAGAUGAAAAUGGUAUUGAAAAGGAUUACUGAAAUGCACGUUUGGCAUGAUCACUGAAGACAGUGAAAACACUUUGCAGAUCACACUUUGAUUGAUUAUGAUUAGAAUAAGAUGGGUUGCGUAAUAUUCAGGAUAUUAAUAACGUGUUUUUAUUCACACGCUGUUUUAUUGAUUUUCUGCAUCAACUAGAACAGUAUUUUAACUUUCAAUUCAAUAUAAUAUUAUUACAGUAAUGUAGGUUAAACAGCUCUUUGUGGAGCAAAGGCAAAAAUUCAUUCACCAAUAAAAAUAUUUCUGUCUGUUUGAGUAAUAUUAAAAUAAAUGUGCAAAAAAUCAUAAA